AUGCUUCCAAAGGAAGGUCGUUUCAUCCGCGCCACUUUCGUGUCUUCCAACAUCCGCACCGGUGGGAGAGGCCACUACGAGACUCAGAAACACUGGGAGGAUGCCAAGGUGCACCUUCUACUGGAGCUUGAUUUGUGUCUUGGUGAUCAGGUUCAAAGAUUGAGACUUGCCACUGAUGAAGAUUCCAAGGGUGUUUCAAAAGAGAUGAAAGUGUACGAGACGUUGCAGUUGGGAUCUGGUGAGAAGGUGCUGGGCUUUCAGAUGCAUGAAGUGAAAUCCCAGCACAAUGGAGGUACUCUAUACUUCAAUGUCCAAGCAAUCUUGCAGAGCAAGGAUUGCGUUUGGCUGGAACCACUGUCGCGCGAAGUCUUCCCCAUGUCUUAUCCCUUUCCAGGACAGCCAAACUCCUUGCGAGGAUUGGCAUCCGACCAGACUGAAGUGACCAGCUUGCGCGCCUUCCAUGGUCGUCAACGGCAUCAUAUUACAGGUCUUAAAUACAAAUUUGAGAUGAACAUCGAGUGUGCGACUGGACAAAGCAAAGUCUUCUGGAUGGAACUCAUGGUAUUUGCAGUUGGGUUCUAUUAUCUUGAUGUGGCCACAGACCUUCAGCAGCUGACUCUGUUUUAUUCUGAGGGGAAGUUUGAUUAUUUGGCCUUGAAUUGUCUUGGAGUAGGAGUCCCAAUGCUGACUACUAUGAUCGAAGCUGUACAAUGGAGCGAAAGCAAAGUGGCUCGACCCCAGUGUGACAUGUUUCGACGUCUAGUUCCAUCAAGGGGUGUGAGGAUUUUGUUGAUCCUUUCUUGCGUGCUGACUCAGUGCCACAUGCUUGUUUUGGCGGUUGCUUCAGCACUCAUGCGCUCGAAGCACGACUUGCUACUCUGCGCAAAGCACGCUGAAGUGGCGGAAGCUAUAGUGUCAGCCUGUUUACAGAGCAAUUUCUUGCUCUUGAUCGUCGUUGGGAUCGAGUCUGUCUCACAGCAAGCAUUCCGAGCCUUAGGAGUGUCAGUUUUGAUUUCCUGUUUGUCCUUAGCCUUCGGGCUCGCUAGCAGAGACAAGCAGGAUUCCAGGGUACUACAUGUGCCUGGCAAAUUGAGCUGGAGCCCAACUCUUGCUGCCUUGAUUUUGGUCAGAGCCCUUGAAGUAAUGAGCAGGCUUCUGGCCAUCAACAUCGUGCACUUUUCAACCAGGCUAGCGGUUCCUUUGGGAGGGCCAGCCGCAGUUGUCUUACUUGCAGCAUCGGCAUGGUACUUCUUUCCAGAAGCAGACAGGUCACAGAUUUUUGCUGCCGUGAUAGCCCAUCCGGGGCAAGUGAUGCUUGGAUCCCGUUCGAUGUUGCCCUUGCGGUGGUCUCUACGAAUCCAUGUGCUGCUGCCAGUUGUAGCCAUUUGCCUUCAAGGAGUCCAGCUGAACAGCAAUCUUUUUCCAGAAGCGCAGAUCAUGUCAUGGCCCUGGUUUGCCAUGUCUGUUGCGACAUGCAUCAGCAGCACUUUGGGCUUGCUGGUGCUUCACUCUCUCGGGAAUCAGAUGGGCCAUCCAGUGUUGGAGCAGAUUGGCAAGGGGCAGCCUCUCGCGUGUACAAUGCUGGCAACAGCAAGUGAAGAAUCCGUAGUUCCACUCCCGCUCUUGGCCGCAGCAGAGACCGUGUUGCUCGAUUUGGAGGCGCUGAAGAGCCCCAAUAUCCUGCAAAAGUUGGCCAGUGCUUCCGCAACACAAGUGGUUGUGCCAGCCUCCUCCAUGAGGGAGCUUCAGCCGAUGCUGCAGAAGCAACUAGAAGAGCUUUCUUGCAUCAACGUCAUCGACAUAGACCUUUCAGAAUGUCCGGAUGCUCUGCAGGAGCAACUCAAAGCUGCCCAGUGGCCCAAGCUACGAAAGGUCUCGUGUUUUCACGAGACGUGUCAGCAGGGUCCGGAGGAAACCGCUGAGGAAACAGCUGCAGCCGCUGUCCUGAAGGCCUUGGGGAGGUUUUCCAAGAUUGAGGUGCUGAACUUCCAAGGUCUCAGGUGGCUCUCCAACGAAGCUUGGGACCAGCACCUGGUGCAGAAUCCUUGGGUGAAUCUCCGGUGGGAGCUCUGCAACUUCGGGUGCAACAAAGAGGGUGAGGUGUGCGCACCCCAGCAGCUUCAAAAGAUCGAGAAAGUCCAUUUCAUCUCCCAUGUGACGUCCAAGACUUCACAGAUGCUCCUCCCCAAAUGUCCCAUCCACGUGGUGAUGAAACAGGGUGACGCGCUGCUGCCGCGCUUGGCGCAAGGUCAGUGUCUCCAGCUGUUGGAUGCCGCGGCGGGUGUGCAUAGGUGCAGAACGUCGGCAGAGGCUUGGGAGUGCUUGCGCAAGGCUCAAUGGCCACACCUGAAAGAGGCCAACCUGAGCUUUUGCUUCCCCCGGAGCGAAGGACAGGGAGCCUCAACGGUACUGAGGCUUAUGGUCCAGUGCCGCCAGUUGGUGAACGUGAAUCUUUCCAAUUGCCAAGGCAUUUCCACCGAUGCUUGGCAUUUGUUGGGCAAUGCCGAGUGGCCUGAGCUCAAGAUUGCAAACUUUAGCUUUUGCUUUGAGAACGACCCAGCACAGCCAGUGCUGCAGAUGUUGGCCCGCUGCCGAAAGCUCACGUCCUUGAAGCUGCUCAGAUGUGGAGUGACUGUGGAGCACUUGCGAGCGCUCCCCAAAGGCUGUUGGCCCUGCUUGAGCCCCGAAGCCUGCGCCUUCGACGGAGACCUCGGCCGCUUCGCCGCGGCGCGGGCCAUGGCUGCGCCGGGCCCCGAGGGUCUCGACGCCGACGCGGACGCGGUGGCCGUGGACGUCGACGUCGAAGACGUCGACCGGUCGCCGGCGAGGAAGAGUCGACGAGUGCGAAGGGUCCGAAGGAAGAGGAGCACCGUGACCGGCGAACGAGAGAGCUCCAAGGAGAGUGAGAUGGUGCCCAGCAGUUCUGCUCAGGUUGAAGGCGAGUCUGAAAGUGACUUGGCAUCAACGAGACCAAAGGGGCGAAAACCCAAGAAGAAGGGAGUGGUCAAGGUGAGGCGUGUGCGAAGAAAGGACUCACAGUGA